AUGGCUUCGGGAGACAAAGUAGUCGAAGCACACAAGACGCUCUAUGAGCAGGGCAUUCCAGUCCGCACCGAGGUCACUGGUCCUCAGCAUGUCGAGCGCUCACUGCAGAACAAUUCUUCUGAGUUUGCUCGACCCAUGCAAGAAUUGGCAACGGAAUGGGGUUGGGGAUCGAUCUGGACCAGGCCUGGACUGGAGCGCAAGACUAGGAGUCUGCUUAACAUCGCAAUGCUUUGUGCGCUGAACAGGAUGACUGAGCUCGGAGUGCAUGUAAGAGGCGCAGUCAAUAACGGCGCCACGGAGCUGGAAAUCCGGGAGACUUUGAUGCAGGUGGCCGCCUACUGUGGCUUGCCGGCUGGCCUUGAAGGGGUGCGCGUGGCGGAGGCUAUUUUGAAGGGUAUCAGGGAAGAGAAGACGGUAUAG